AUGACAGUUUCCUACACCCUGGAGGUGGCCAACGUGAGGUUUGGUGGCUUCACCAAGGUGCUGUUCAGGUGGAAGGGCAGCAUCUACAAGCUGCUCUACAAGGAGUUCCUCCUCUUCUGCGGCGUCUAUGUCUUUUUCAGCGUGCUUUACAGGCUGAUGCUCACACCCAAGCAGCAGGAUCUGUUUGAGCGCAUCGCCCUAUACUGCGACCAGUUCACCAACACCAGCUUCAUCCCCGUUCUUUUUGUGCUAGGCUUCUAUGUGACUUUGGCCUUCAACCGUUGGUGGGGUCAAUACACCAGCUUCCCGUUGCCCGACAACCUGAUGAUGGUGGUUUCCGGCAACGUCCACGGCACUGACGAGAGGGGUCGGCUGCUGCGCCGCACGCUGAUGAGAUGCGCCAACCUGUCUUCGGUUCUUAUCCUGCGUUCGAUCAGCACCAGGGUUCACAAGCGCUUCCCCACGUUGGAGCAUGUGGUGGAAGCUGGCUUCAUGACGUCACACGAGCUAAAAAUAUUUGAGUCGCUGCACUCGGACUUCAACAAGUACUGGAUGCCUUUGACCUGGUUCGCUAAUCUGGCGUCCAGAGCAAGAGAGGAGGGUCGUGUGAAGGACGACAUUGCUUUGAGACUCCUCAUGGAUGAGCUAAACAACUACAGGGCCAAGUGCAGCCUCCUGUUCCACUACGACUGGAUCAGCAUCCCUCUGGUCUACACUCAGGUGGUAACUUUAGCCGUCUACUCCUUCUUCGCCUUCUCUGUCAUUGGCCGCCAGUUCCUCAACCCGGACAAAGGCUACAAGGACCAUAAAUUGGACCUGUAUGUGCCUGUCUUCACACUGCUGCAGUUCUUCUUCUACGCCGGAUGGCUCAAGGUAGGAGAGUUGAUCAUCAACCCAUUUGGAGAGGAUGACGAUGACUUUGAAACCAACCAGCUGAUUGACAGAAACUUUCAGGUGUCCAUGCUGGCGGUGGAUGAUAUGUACCAGAACCUGGCUCCCCUAGAGAAGGACAAGCAUUGGGCUCAGAGACAUUUCUCAAUCCCUUAUACAUUGUCCACUGCAGCUGACAGUCUGAAACCAGCAUUCAAAGGUUCCACCUUUGACAUGAGGAUGAGCAUGGAGGAUCUGGAGAUCCACCAGCCCGGGACGAUAGGGCAGCAGAAAGAUGGUGCGUAUGUGCUGCGGGGUUGCAGCCUUCCAUCACUGAUUGACACAUCAUUACAUCACCUCAUGGAGAACACUGACAAUGAUGAGCACCGUCAUAAAGAACAAGUGAAGAUAAUGAUCAAAGUGGAAACAGACGAGGAAUAA